AUGCGAUUCAAGAUCGCCUCUGAUGACACCCUGGACUUGCGCGACGGUAUCUUGACAGACCUCAGGGGCGCCCGAGAGGAAGCCUACCGCGCCGAGCUUGAGACGGAAGCCGCUCGUAAGGUCCUGGAACUGGCGCAAUACCGACAGGAGCGCGCGCAGAAGAAGGUCAAACAGCUUAAGGCGCGGUAUGAUAUUGCAGAACGAAUGGUGUGGCCAGCGAACGACGAGUACUGGGGUGCUGCGGAGGUGAUGCACGAUGCCAAACAAAACGCCGGAAUGCUGGAGAAGGGACCGCGUCCGGUCAUCGACUGGGAGAAGGAGAGCAUCUCCGAGUUUGGCGACAGGGCACGCAAUGUGUCUGCAGACGUCGGGGAGAGGGCGCUUCCGAGUCUCAUUGCGGCCGGUCCAAAUCGGAGUCAGAAGAGGGUUAAGAGGCAUCACCCCUAUCCGACCAAAAAGGACUUACCACCGAGACUUGGGCCGCUCGUGGAAUUGAGCGUGGAGAGUCAAUCUCAAGACCCAGUGGAAGUAAAAGUUUCCAAGCUGAAUGAAGAUACCGUCAUUGACGUCGGGCACAAAAGCUACCUUGUUAGACAGGAUCCGGAAGAGAUAUGGUCAAGGUUCAUGGCAACAUCAAAUCGCGACGAUCGCCGGGCAUUCAACGAAGCCCACAAGAAUGACUUAUUGAAUAUGUUUGGGUAUGGGCCUAGACAGGCAGUCAAACCUUCCGAGUUGAUUGACACGAAGUGGGGGAUAAUGCAGGUCAUGUCCAGGGAGGAAGCAGAGCGGAAUGGCUGGUUACCAGCGGAGGGCUCAGCUUAG